AUGGGUAACUUCAAUAAACUCAUCCUUCUCAGUUUGGUGUCCACCAUGGUGGAUGGUUUAUACCUUCCUUCGAUGUUUCCUCACCUGGAGAUGAAGAAAGUUAUAAAACGAGAAAACUUUGAUCAUGAGAGAAUAGCUGGCGAUAGUUUAUAUUCAAACUUGAGUCUAUCUGAGGCGGAGAGUUCGUCAGCGUUAUCAGCGUCCAUAUCAUCAACCUCAACGCCCUCCGCAGACUUUGAAGAUCUAUUAGAUCCAACGAGUUGGUUGUUCUCGCCUACGUCAGAUUCGCUAAGCUCUUCCACUGAACCUUCAGAAUUCAACUUGGCUCCGUCAUCUUUCGCUACAUCGAAAUCUACUCCAUCAUCCUCCUUUGACAUCGAAACAGAUAUUUCUCCAAGCUCCAAUUCGCAGGAUACGAUGUCUUCUUCCACAGAUUCUCAUAAUUCCAACUCAGAAGUCUCCAUCGACAACUCUGAAAGCGCGGAGAACAUGAGUAAUCUGGGAAGCUCCUCAUCCGACAGUUCAACUAUAAUUUCUCCCGACCUCUUCUCAAGCUCGUUACGAACUUCUUCAGCCUCGUCGAGCGCGAGGGACAUUGGCGCUACGCAAGCAAAAGCUACGUUUUACGCAUCAAACUCACAGCAGGAAUCCGACUCAUCGGCUUCAACUCUCUCAUCUGUUUUUUCAACCGACUCUUCCAGACUCUCAUCAAGCGAAGUUUGGGGUGGUUCAGACGGUACAAGCUUUAGCUCCACUACCACAACAUCAUCGAGUGAAAUAGCAGAUGCAUCUAGCUCCACAUCAUUCUCGGAUUCUUCAGAUAGUACCAUAGGCUCCUCGCUGAGCUCUUCAUCACCAGCUUCGGCAAUAGGUUCGUUAAGUAUAUCGAGCAGUUCUGAUUUGAUCCUAAAGGCUGUUAGCAGUACUACUUCGGCAACAAUUUCUAGUGAAUCUUCCUUAUCGUCAUCUUCAAGUGGCACGGAGUCCACAGUAUCGGAAACGGGUUCGCCCCUGCCUUCUUCAACGAGUCCUGAGUCCCCCGACCCCGAAACAGAAGCGCCUCAACCAUCAGGUACUACAAGCUUAUCAACAUCUCAAUACGGUUUUGAAACUUUCUCUCCGGAUGAUUUGGAAUCUUCAUCUUCUGUGGUGGAAUCUCAAUUCACCUCUGCGAUCACGAUAGGCUAUGAAACCUUUCCUGCUUCUGCGUCAUCAUCACCUGAUCAGCUCGGAGGAAAUUUGUUGGCAGAUUCCCCACCGCCAUCAGGAAUAUCUCCCAAUUUAGAGUUAUCGGAUUCUACAAAAAGGACGUCUAGUUCUUAUGGAGGAUACUCAGGAUUUGCAAAAGUUACCACUAGUCAGAGCUCGGGCUCUACAAGCAUCACGACUGUCACCCCGUCACUAGAAAAUACAUCUGCAGGAACUUUGUGGACCUUGUCAUCGACGAGCGCAGAAAUUACUCCAACUCCAUCUACGGGUACAACUUCAAGCAGCACUUCAUCUACGAGUACACCAUCGAGCAGCACUUCAUCUACGAGUACGCCAUCGAGCAGCACUUCAUCUACGGGUACAACUUCAAGUAGAACUUCAUCUACGAGUAAACCAUCAAGCUCUUCUACCGGAAAUGCAGCCACAACCACCUCUGAAGCCAAAAGCACAGGUACGAGCGUAUCAGUUACCGAGUCAGCAUCCUCUCCAUCAGGGCAAUCGAGUUCAGAAAAUACAUCUUCGGAGACUUCAUCAUCAACUUCUGAUAGCACUCCGGGACUCAGUGCUAUCAACUCUGCUUCACAAGUGCCUUCUGAAUCAUCAACUAGCUCAGCUGGGAAUGCUGCUACGACAUUGUCAGGUGUCACUUCAACUGCAGAUACAUCAUAUUCGGCUUUUUCUCCGUCAAAUUCUAUUGGUAUUGUUUCCUCGACCGUGAGUCUGUCAAGUAGUUUGAAUUCAGUCAGCUCAACUUCGAACACGGCAAGUACUGUUGAAGGAUCAUCAUUUACUAGUUCCCCAGUCUUUACAGGCGUCAGUUCUUCCACUACUAACCAAGAAUCAUCUGGCAUGACUACUCAGCAGGUUCUUACUUCAUCGCUAUCUUCGACGCAAUCUACCUUCCAACAUGUCUCUUCGAUUAGUACUGACAUUCAAUCAUCCCAGGUCUCACAAUCGUCCGAUUCGGCAGCUGACCACGAGACAAGCUCCACUGGAAUUACUACUGCGUCUAUUGCUCAGUCUACGUAUCCUCUUGGCUCUGCCAGCUCCACGGAAUUGCCUGCAAAUUCCUAUGACACAGAUACUUCAUUUUCAGUGAGUUUGUCUGGAACAAUUCCUGAAAAUACCGAGCACUCAUUCACCGAAUAUUCGAGCACCACUUCGGGCCUGAGUACCACUAGUCCUGUGACCUACCAAUCACAACGACCAAAAAAUACUGCAUUUGAAGCUACCUCCUCUGUGCCUACAGCUCCAAACUGGCUCCCUACUACUAUUGUGUACCAAAAUCCGUCGACUGCAUCUGGAAUAUCACAGUCGAGCACCUCAUCAAUCGCAGAAUCGGCAUUACCAAAAGCGAUUGCCCCUGUUGAGACUUCAGCAGUGUCUCCGAACUAUAAAUUGAUUACUGUGGGAUUCAACGAAAAGCUGAAUUAUCCAUUUGUUUGUGAAAACUCAUACUCUUCCAAUCAAAUCUUUGAGUAUCUGCCCAAGGUGCUCACAUAUCCAAAUCCUGAAGUGAACGAGUCUGCUGUUUUUGUCAAACAAUUGGUCCCUUACUCUUCUGAGAACGUUGACUACCUCAUCACUGUUGCAGAAGUUUAUUUUGACCAAGACUACAUUACUGAAUUGCAAAACGAAAUCAGUAAUUCGUCGUCAUCGCUGUACAAGAAUCCAGAUGCAAUUGAAAACUCUCUUGCCAGCUUCAUUGACAGUCGAGUUCCUUUGAACGUUCUAUUGGAUGCAACUUCGAUGGGGUCUGCAACUGUUGGAGGUGAUCUUUUGGGCACAGGAGGCGAUGAGGAUAAUGACGGGAGCGACUCGCAUUCUUUAGGAUCUAUGGAUUCCGCCACUAUACAAUCUUCCGGAUCAACAAAGGUACAAGGUGGCAGAAUAGCUGGUAUUGUUGCCGGAUCUGCCGCAGGUGCUACAGCUUAUGCGGGGGUCAUGGCACUGAUCUACAAAAGAAGAAAGAAGAAGCUUCAAAGGCAACUCGAAUCGGAGAAACAUCCAAAUGUUGGCGGCUAUGGUGAAUUCCGCUCGUCAAUGUCGUCCAGUGGCUCACAAGUUGGUGCCGAGCAAUAUCAUUCUGACUAUUCAGGCGAAGGCGCCGUUCGCCUCACGAAUUCUUCUUCAGGCGCAUCCUUUACACGAAUAUUCACAAGAAAUUCUAACUCCAAUGUGGAGCUGGGAUCAACCAGAUAUAUGCCUUCCAUUUCCAACCCUACGAAUGUCAAAAACUCCUUGGGUUGGUGA